AUGCCAUCGGGCAGGAGGGGCGCCAACGCCAGGGCCGCUGUCGCGGUAGCAGCUAAAUCGUCGCCUUCGAGAUGGCAUGAACACAGCCCGCGUGACCUCUUCAAGGCUCCUCCGCAGUAUGCGGCCGCGGGAUCGGAUAGCUCUCAGGGACCUGUCGAGACGGGCAGCAUGAUCGACCAGCUCGCCCACAGGUACAGGGACCUGUUCCAUAAAACAGACAUGUUCAGCCAGGUGCACGGUAAUCUCCCCGACUUCGUACAGGACAUGGACAUGGAUGCGUCCGUCAAGGACUACCUGAUGGCGAUCUCGCACCAGAACCACGCCGCGUAUCUGUUGGGAAACCCGUCGACCCGGUCCACCCUGCUAACGAAGGCGAUCAACUACUACAUCGUCCACGAGGCCCUCAAGUUCACGGCCGUCAAAGGGUUCGAAGAGAGCGUCGACAUGAGAGUUGAAGAGCUCAAGCAGCAGGUCUGCCAGGAUACUCCGGCCAUUAUCCGUGACAUGUUGACAAGCGCCAUGAUCUCCGUUGUCGAGGGAGCUAUGAAGGUGCCAGAGUUCGCCGAUUUCUCCAAGCAAAAGGCGCAUGCUCAUGUCAUGACGCUGUGGCAGUGCAUUGGGCCGCUCACCAAUGACCAGCACAACGUGCAUGGGAUGGCUUGGGCAGAUCUCGCCGUGAUCAUGUCCGAAGCCCAGAAUCUCGCUGUCGACAUGUUCAGGCAUGCAUUUGAGUACCGCUUCGACUUCCCCGAGAUCAAUGAGCCGUUCGACCCCAUGACGAUGAUCAACCGCGACUACUUCAUCAAGGGGGAUCCGCAGGCGUUGAAGAACAACGACAACCGUGUGGGACUGGGGAUCACUCCAAUCAUUGGAAUCCGCAACCUUGCGAACCAAGAGAGCAAGCUGGUGUACUUGGCUGAAGUCUUGCUGCUGUCCAAGUACAUCGUUCCAGACGAUAUCCGUCCCACCAAGCGUCGCGAGUUCCAUGACUAUUUCGUCACUCAUUUGCCUUCCUCCUCCCUUCACCCGGAUCCCCGAGGUCCCUUGACGCCUUUCCACAAACUUCCUCAUUCUGCAUCAGUCCCUCAUACGGGCGAGAUCUCCCAUUCUCCAACCACAUUCCAGCCCCUGGUCGACCGAGAUACCACUGUCGUUCGCAUCCCACUGCGGAGCGCAAAACACCACUUUGGCGCCCACAGUUCCCGCGGCACCCGGCCUUACAAUGAAGACUCCUACCAGGCUGGCGUCAUCGAUCUACCUGCCUUUGCAAAGCGUCCACCAGCCUCUUUAACCAUCAAGCGGACUGGCGCAAACCCUGCCCCCAGGGAGAGCCGCGGGGCUGACACUGCGAGCGGGGAUCCGCAGGUUUUCUACUUUGGAGUCUUUGACGGUCAUGGCGGAACGGAGUGUAGUACAUUCUUGAAGGAUUGGCUACAUGAAUACAUUCAAGAUACGGCGGCUGCGUUUGAACUGCAGUCCAGUCUACGACAAGACCGGAGCGGCCACUUCCCGCUGGGCGCGGAGCCCUCAUCGGGAGCGCUGCCGAUCGUCCAGGGCGGCAACUCCAAGCGAAUCGAAGAACUGGAGAAGAUCCUGGUGCAGAAUUGGAAGACACUGGUCGGUGGCUACUUUAAGAGAUUUGUUCCCGCCCACUUUUCGCAUUCUGGAAAGGACUUGACGGUCAAUGGAGAUUCCGGUAAGGGAGUUACCAUCGAGGAGAUCCUGGAGUAUGCCUUUCUCCGGACCGACUUGGAGUUUGUUUCAGCGCAAGCAGCCAAAAGAGAUGAUGAUUUCAUGAAGGUUGGCCAGCCAAUGCAUCAGGAUGAUAUUCUGUAUGGACCCAACCGCUCGCGAUCGUUGAACAUUGGCGGAGUCAAUCGCUUUAAAGGGGGCAGCACAGCCAGUGUUGCGCUCAUCUCCACCCCGACCCCGAUGCCAUUUUGGCAUCCGAACGCCCCUUCCAGCCUGCUUGUGUCGCACGUCGGAGAUACUCGGAUUCUCUUAUGUUCCACCGAAACAGGUCAGGCCAUUCCGGUCACAUCCAACCACCAUCCCUCGUCACCCAUCGAGGCUAGUCGGUUGCGACGGUAUGCCGCCACCUUUGUGACGGACUCUUUCGGAGAGGAGCGGAUGAGCGGGCUGGCCAACACUCGGUCCUUCGGGGAUGUCCAGUCCAAGCGCAUCGGUGUCUCAGCGGAACCGGAGAUCCACCGCAUCGAGAUGGGGCCGGCCGAGUAUUCGUUCCUGGUACUGAUGUCGGACGGGAUCAGCGGCACGCUGCUAGAUCAAGAAGUCGUCGACAUUGUCAAAGAAGCGAGGACUCCCGACCAGGGCGCUCGUGAUGUAGUCAGCUUUGCGACCGAGGUGACGCGCGAGGGCGACAAUGCCACCUGCCUGGUGGUCCGACUAGGCGGUUGGGAGCGACGGCUGGAGGGAGGACUCGGCAGCCUGGGGACGAAGGAGUCUCGAGAAUGGCGUCGGCAAGAAGCGACAGAUCCGCGCAGGUCACGGAGAUGA